UUCUGUUCCCACAUUCUCAGUCAACCCUUGAACCAUGAAGAAUUCUAAAUCCCUUUCUUCCUUCUUUCUAUUGAGUAUGUUUUUGCUGAUAACGCAGUUCAUAGUUGUGCAAUCUGAUGCCAAUCUUAUAGCUCAAACAUGCAAGCAAACACCAUAUUACGAUUUGUGUGUCAGAAGUCUCAACUCAGACCCCAGGAGCCCCAGUGCAGACGUUCGUGGGCUAGCGCUCAUAAUGGUCGAUAUAGUAAAAGCAAGAUCAACCACCACACUAAACUUAAUCAAACAACUACUUCGGAAGAUGCCAAAACUAAAGAUACCCUUGACUGAUUGUGCUGCUGAUUAUAAUGCAAUUUUAACUUCAUCUAUCCCACAAGCAAUUGAAGCUUUGAAGAAAGGUAAUGCUAAAUUUGCUGAAGAUGGAGCCAACAGUGCUAGACAGGAGGCUGAGUUAUGCGAAGCUAAUUUUAAUGGAAAAUCACCUAUCACCAAAUUCAGUGCAGCUGUACGCAAAAGCUCAGCCAUUGCUGCUGCCAUUAUCCGAUUAUUGCUUUGAUAUAUGGAAUUGUAUGAA